AUGGCGUUUCUGAGGAGCGUUUCACGACGAUGUUGCGCCGGCAAAAAGCUGAGCAAGUGCGGCGCGCCGUCCUUGCCGUUGCCCGUGGUCGGCCUCCUGGAGAACGUGGCAGCCUCGGCGUCGGCGACGAUGGUGAGGACAUCACCGUUGCGGCUGGUUACACAGGUGCGCGACGACACUUCGCGCGACUACGCGACCUCCGCCGCCGACGCUGCCGCUGACGUCAAGAAGCAGCAGUCGGCGGAUCGUCAGAUCGAUCCGCUCGAUUUGCAGUUUAACGACCCGAUCGCCGCGUUCAAGAGCAAGACCACCAUGGAGCUGAUGCGCGCCUACGUCGUCUAUCAGAUGUGCUCCAUCGAAUAUAUCGUGGAGAACAAUAUGAAGUUCAUGAAAUUGACGAAAGCGAUAUUGGGCGAAAAGCUGUUCACGAAGCUUAUGAAGGCAACGUUUUAUGGUCACUUCGUCGCCGGAGAAGAUGAGGUGCAGAUCACACCAGUUUUGGAUAGAUUGCGGCAAUUUGGCGUAAAGCCGAUUCUUGAUUAUUCCGUCGAAGAAGAUAUCUCGCAGGAGGAGGCCGAGCGACGCGAGAUUCAAGCUUCAGUAUCAGAAGCGGGUGAUGAGAAGAGAGAAGGUCCGCUGAAAAAAUAUCACGUGGAAAAGUCAUUCGCCGAUCGACGAUACAAAGUGUCGUCGGCCAGGACGUAUUUCUACCUGAACGAAGCGUCCUGUGAGCGAAAUAUGGAUAUAUUUAUCAGGUGUCUGGAGGCUGUGGCGAGUGCUUCGAUGGGUAUGGGCAUUACAGCCGUCAAGUUAACUGCACUUGGCCGACCGCAGCUUCUGCUUCAAUUGUCAGAGGUAAUUAUGCGCGCCCGGCAAUACAUGUCGGAUGUUAUUGGUGGCCAGGGCGCCAUUCUGUCUCAGCAUGUGAAACCUGAUGAUUUUAGGAAAAAAUUCGAGGAAGCGCACAUUAAAAACGAGGAAUCGGUGCAAAAGUUCCUUCAAAAAAUGCAAUCGGAUAAAGAAGGUGUGAUUCAUCUCUUUCCGUGGAGCGGUAUUUUAGAUGAAAAUUAUGAACUAAGUGAAACUUUCCAAGUACCUGAUAUUAAGACGGGUAAGAUGGUCAGAUUAAUGUCGCAGCUUACUUCUAAAGAGGAAGAAAUGUUUAGAAAUAUGAUUAGACGGUUAAAUAAUAUCGUCACGGUGGCUGAUAAUUUAGACGUUCGUAUCAUGAUAGAUGCGGAACAGACAUACUUUCAACCAGCCAUUUCUCGCCUGACGCUGGAGAUGAUGCGCAAGUACAAUACGAAAAAGGCUGUGGUAUUCAAUACUUACCAGACGUAUCUGCAAGAAGCGUAUAAUGAGGUGAAAACGGACCUCGAACAGGCGGAACGUCAAAAUUUUUAUUUUGGUGCUAAACUCGUUCGCGGCGCUUAUAUUGAACAGGAAAGAGCGAGAGCGGCAGCUAUGGGUUAUCCAGAUCCCACGAAUCCUACGUAUGAGGCGACGACCGAGUCCUAUCACAGGACACUCAUGGAGUGCUUGAGGCGGAUGAAACAGUAUAAAGACAAGGGACUCGAUCCCAAGAAAAUAGGAAUUAUGGUCGCUUCGCAUAAUGAAGAUACUGUGCGUUUCGCAAUCGAGAAAAUGAAAGAAAUCGGAAUUUCACCAGAGGAUAAGGUUAUAUGUUUCGGCCAAUUAUUAGGAAUGUGCGAUUACAUAACAUUUCCAUUAGGUCAAUCCGGUUACUCUGCAUACAAGUACAUCCCAUACGGACCAGUUAAGGAAGUAUUGCCGUAUUUGUCGCGGCGCGCACAAGAGAACCGAGGUAUACUGAAGAAGAUCAAGAAAGAGAAACGCUUGCUAUUAAAUGAAAUCACGAGACGUAUAGUGCGCGGCCAGAUCUUUUACAAACCCAAGGGCAAUUAUACUCCAGUUUGAACAGUUGAUCCGUUUAGUUGCACAGAGACAGGAUUUUAAGUAUCAAAUUUAAGUAGUGAUUGUAAAUUAAUGAAAACUCUCCCGAAAGAUAUGGGUACUUCGGAUUAAAGUAACUUGACGGACCUGUUACUGUGGUACUCGGAAGAAAGAGCGGCGUGCGUGCAUGCAUACGCGCAAACGCUAGUGCAUAAAAACUUGCGAUUAUACAUGCGCAGAGUGUUAUCGAUUACAUAAAAAUUGCCUUGGUGUUAUAUUUUCGAAUGCAUCGAUGCUCACAAUGCUGCUGAUAAAACUAAUAUUAUAAUUAUAGUUCGUUGCUCGUUUUACUCGUUAUGGUGAAAAAAUACCAUUGAUGAGAUUUUCAAAGAACCAAUCAAAUUUCGAUUUUCUUUACCCAAUCUUUGUAAAAAUAUUCUCUGAAUUGAAGCUAAUUGUAGCACAAUUAAUUAAUUUCACUCAUCGGAGAAUGUGUUUUCAAGAGAUCGGGUAAAGACAAUCGUAUUUGAUUGGUUCUUUCCACGCUUACAGUAUUCAAAAUUAAUGAUAAUUUCUUUAACUCAUAAUUCGUGAUAUUUCCUUCUCCUGUAUGCAGUAUUAAAGAAUUGAUUGUUUGAUCGAUCGCUAGCUUGUUCGAUGCAGAACACCGAUAGUCGGGAGAAAAUAGGCUCUGGUUUUUUAGCACGUUUUGUUUAAGUUUUACAAUUUCUUUGAGAAUCUCGUCGAAUAUUUUCCAUAUGUACAUAAUACACGCGCGCAUCAAUUAUUUAUGAUCGUGUUCACGUAAUUGUCUUAUCGUCCAUAGUAUCUGUAACAGAAAAAAUGAUGAAAAAAAGAAAGAAGGAACAAAGGAUACCGCUCAUGAGUUUGAAUGGCAACACCUGCGAUUUACUACUAUCUUGAUUGUUGCUCACGGUGGAUAUAUUUAGGGCAAUCGCGAUGCAUAUAGUUACCAGAAGGGAACGGACAGUAGCUGCAUCGCGUAUACUUCUAUUAAGAUGUAACAUUACCAGCAAGCGAUUGGUACACGGUGUACGGAAUAAUGGAUGCUCGAAUUAAAAAAAAAUAACAUAUGUAUUACGAAAAAAUUCUUAGAAAUGCGACAAAAUACAGGGUGAAAAUUUAAUGAGAUUUAGAGAUAUCUUAGCGAGAGAUAUAUGGGUUUUCAAAUGUUUUUGGUAAUGCGAAGCAGAAGAAAAAAAGGAAGUCUUUUUUUGCAUUCGCGUUUAAUACACGCUUGUCGAGUUACAAAAGUAAUCUUGGGCUGACAUGAACGUUAACGAAAAAUAGGGAGAUCUGUGAGCAACACGGUAUUUUUUUUGUGAUACAUUAAUAAUUGUAGAUAAGUCACACACAAGAUAUUAGUCUCAUUUCGCUUCAGCCUAAAAUUGCUUCUCGCGUUAUUAGAUAAUUCGUAAAAAAAGCGUACAGAAAAACACUACAAGUAAUCGCAGUAAAAUCGAUAAAAUAUGUAUGACCCCGCUUCGUCAUUCUCAUUUUUUCCAAAAAGAACAAUAGAGGUAAAGGAAAAUUUAUAAUUAAAAAAAAUAAAUUUAUGCCUUGUGAUUUGAAUAAAAAUUUUAAAUAUAACAAAUCCUUUUUAUUCGUUAUAAGACAAUUUAUAUUCUGAAAAGAAAGUUUUCUAUUUAUUGCGAGAUUAGACAAUGAUUAAUGGAAAGAAAAGUCAUCCAAUCGGAAGUAUAUGUAUAAAAUUUAAUAUUACUUUAAUUGAUACAAGGCUGUAAUUCGCUAUUCUGGAAAUGACAUGAUCAUAUAUGUAAUAUCAACAACACAAAUACUUUAGCUUAUAAGAUUGUACAAGCAUUUCCACAGGGGUUGCAUGUAGCACAUUCUGAUAUUCUUAAGCCAGUAUUUCUCUGAUGCGAUAAGUGACUUGAUAGUGUAUUCAAAAUCGAUGAGUACUAUUUUACUUUUUUUCUUAAUUAUCGCACUCACGUGAAUUGUCAUGAUACUCAACGCAUCAUUAUGUUUGUCAAACGAUUUGUACGCGAAUAUGGAUUGUGAUCUCUAUUUUGUUCGUUUUGCUAUCUAUGUUACAAGCUAAAGCGUUUAUGUUCAGAGUAUUGUAUAUGUAGCCUACAUUUAUACAUGAUUAUAGUAAUUCAAACAAAGUUGUAUAGAUAUAUUUACUCGCUUCGUAGUAACGCACUGCGUGCGCAAUGUUGAUCAAGGAAAAACAAAAAAGAAGAAUUA